AUGGCUGCUCAGAUGAGCAAGAAGAAGAAGUUUGUGGCGGAUGGAGUGUUCUUCGCGGAGCUGAAUGAGUUGGACCCAAUGUUCUUGGUGAGAAGGGUAGAAGGAUUAGAGAGCUUACUUCACUGGUGCAGAAGAGAUUCAAAUUCCCAGAGAAUAGCGUUGAAUUAUUUGUUUUGUGCAAAUGUUUUUGCAAAGGUGUGGCUGAUAAGCUAUAAUUCUCUGAAGUAUAUGAGUCAUGAAGGAAGUAGGAUUUUUAUGUGUUUGAAGCGUGUGAUGGCGUGUGGUGGUGUAAUGCGUUUGGCUAGGGAGAAUGGGGCCAAGGGGAUCAUUAUCAGCGGAAAACCGAGGGCUCAACGUGCUAAAUCAAUGAAAUUUAAAGAUGGUUACAUGAUCUCUUCUGGUCAGCCAGUCAGGGACUAUGUUGAUUCUGCUGUGAGGCAUGUUCUUCUACGACAGGGAGUACUUGGUAUCAAGGUCAAAAUCAUGCUUGAGUGGGAUCCGAAGGGAAAGAUGGGGCCGGUAACUCCCCUCCCAGAUUUUGUCACAAUUCUUUCCCCCAAAGAGGAGAAAGAGUACAUCAGGCCUGCCGCACUUCCUCUCCCUGAAGUUGCAUCCGUAAAAUCCAAAUCCAAUUUCCCUCGAGUUUCAUUUUCCCUCUCCCUAGGGUUUGCCGUUUCAAAUUCUCUUUCCUGCCUAUGCAAUUCUCCUUUUCUUAACGAUGCCGGUGAAUUUAACGGCGAAUGCAAUCUCUGCGAUAGUCGCCGGAGAUGUCAACGCCAAGCCUUUGGUCCAAAUCUUGACGUCAAGCUCGCUGGCGCCACUCAGGACCGGUACCGCCUUUUGAUCUCCGACUCGGUUCUUGUUCAACAAGCUAUGCUUGCUACUCAGCUCAAUGGCCUAGUUAAGGCUGGGGGUCUUCGCAAGGGUUCCGUCGUUCAGUUGAUCGAGUAUAUCUGCACUCAUAUCCAAAAUCGCAAGAUAAUUGUUGUCCUCAACAUGGAAAUUAUCAUUCCAGAUUGUGACAUAAUUGGGAACCCAAAAAUGUUCGACGAAUCAGAUUCAGCAGUUCAGAAAUCAGUGCCUGAAAGACCUUUGUUAAGUGCAGCUUCUGAUAAUAACAAUAGUCACCUUGGAGCACAAAAUGCUGUACAUUCCAAUGCACCAUUUCGUAACAAUGUGAACUCCAGCAAUUUAGCCAGUAGUGCGCAGAGCUUCCGGCCGGUAGUUCAGCCCCCAUACCAACCUCCUCCAAAUUUUAAAGGCCACGGUGCUAUCAUGAAGAAUGAAGCACCAGCAUGCAUCAUUCCCAUUGCCGCAUUGAAUCCGUAUCAGGGUAGAUGGGCUAUCAAAGCAAGAGUGACUGCGAAAGGAAAUCUCCAUCGUUAUAACAAUGCCAAGGGAGAUGCCUGCAGAACGCAAAGUGAGGCUUUAAAGAAGACUGUUUUGAUACCUGCAGCUGUUGGGGAGACAUCCGAGAGUGGACCUAUCGUUCUAGAUCCAACCACAUCUUCUGAAAACUUUGGCUCUAUCCUCGCUUCAUUGGUUGUAACGGGUAACUAA